UGUGGGGGCCAGGGGGCCCAGGUAGUCCUGGGACCCCAGGCCAUGGGUGAGCAAGCCCACCAUGAAGUCCACGUGUGCUCUGGCACCAACCCCAGGAAGUGUCAGGACAUUGGAGACUCAAUUCUUCUGAUUCUGGGAAGCUUCAUCUUGCUCAACGUGGGGAUCAAUGUGGUGACUCUGCUCUGGAGGCAUCUGAAGAGCUCCUUGCGGAUUCUUUUCCAUCAUUUUUUCCCAAAAGACAAGCAGCCCGGAGGUAUAGGCAGCCACGCCCUGUGCAUGCGCUGCUCUGCGGACCCCAAGAACCUGUGCUCCAGAGCCUCUCCUCGCUUCCAUUAUUGCCCGAGCUUCCUGCUCAGGCACACCAACCACCUGGACUCCUGGAUACCAGACACGAACGAUGAGAAGGCUUCUGGGUGCUGCUGGAUGCCACCUCAGUGUGGACAUGCUGGGGCUCCCACGGAGGCCCCGUGUGGGCUGUGGAAGGAGGGGAUGAUGGGAACUGGGGAGGCCGCUCGGGUCACAACCUUAAAGGCUAAAGCCUCCUUGCUCUCCAGGCCAGCGGCACCUUCUCAGUUCCAGAAGAUGAGCAAAUUGGACAUGGUUCCUCUCCGCUUGCCCCAUGAGAACAAGACUAAGACCCCAGCCCAGGCACAGACCCACACCGAAGCUCACACCCCUGAGCACCCUCCUGUCCACACCGAGACCCAGUCCCCAGCCCACUCCCCUGAGUGCGCCCACUCUCAGACUAAGGGCCUUAAGCACGCGUCAGCCCAGGCACCAGCCCAUGCCAAAGCCCAGACCCCAGCUCCUAACCCCACCCACACCCCUACCCCUACCCCAGCCCACAUGUCAGCCCAUCUCUCAGUCCAGACCCUGCCCCACACCCCAGCCCCUACCUUGGCCUCUACUCCCCAUGCCACAACCCACACAUCAGCCCACACAGCAGCCCAGGUCCCAACCCGGUCCCCAUCUCAGGACUCUGAACAUGCCUCAGCCUACUCCCUGAUGCUGGGCCCUGAGCACACAUCAGCCCAUGGCCCAGCAUAUACCCCAGUCCAGUCUCAUCUAAUCCACACCCACUCCCCCACCCCCGCCCCAACCCCUGCUCCUGUCCUAGCCCCUACACCAGUCCCUGUCCAAAUUUCUUCCCCAGCCUCUGCCCCAGCACUGGUCAUGGCCCUGACUACCACUCCGGUCCCUGCUCCCGUCCCUAUCACCACCACAGACCCUAUCCUAACUCCCAUUUCCCCUUCCCUGGCCACCCUCAGCCACAGCUCCACUGCAGGCCAUGUGGUCUAUGAUGCCCGCAGGGUAAAGCAGAAUAUCUUCCAUAUGUGCUCCCCCCAGAGCUCUGGGUAUUCCAGAAAGGGCUUGGAUACCCUCUCCAAGCCCCAGGAGGGGCAGGGCCUCAUGAGCUCUGGUUCACCUGAGCAAACAUCAAAGCAACACAGUGGGGACAGUGCCAAGGCUCCUGCAGGAUCCAUACUGGGCUACCUGGAGCUGGGGAAUAUGGAAUGGAAGAUCUCAGAUAAUGCCAAAGACAAGCUUUCCCAGCCCAAGACCUUCCCUUACUGCAGAUUCCAUCCUAGCAGUUCUGAGAACACGGACUCACAGGCUCCAGUCUACCCCAAGUUCCUGGUCUAUUCCCAGGAUGCUACGCCUUCUAAGCCUUGCUUUCACUCUCCAAGCACUGUGCAGAGCACCUUGAGUACACUUACUCCACCAUGCACUCUUUCUCUGCCCCUUGUUUCUCCCAGAUCCUUUGUCCUUCCUCAACCCACCAACCCUCGGAAGCCCUCGAUCUUAAUACAAACCCCCACCUUUCUUCCAGCCCCCAAGUCUCCUCAGUCUAUUUCCUCUUCCCAAUUCCCCAUCCCUCCCCAGUUUGCUACCAUUUCCCAAACCCUGGUCCAACCUCAACACCCUGAACUUCAUAAUAGUCUAGGCCUUAUCCAAGACCCUGGCUUCCAAAAGCCCUCGUGUCCUUCAAAAGACUCCAGAAUGCCCAGGAACCCAGAUCUUACCCUAAAUCCAGGCCCCCACAGGAGCUCAGAACUUACCCAAGAUCUAGGUCUCCACAGGUACCCAAGUCUUGCUCAAGAUCCAGGCCUACGCAUGUUCCCAGGCCUCACCCAAGACCGUUAUCUCUGCAAGAAUAUAAGCCCUUCCCAAGAUUCUGGUCUUCACAAGAACUCAAGCAUUGCCCAAGAGACUGGUUCCAAAAAGAUCCUGAAUCCUACUCAAGGUGCUAGUGUCUUCAGGAGUCCGUGUCUAAUACAACCCUUGGUCCUUCACAAGAACACACCAUUUACCCAAACACCUGACCUUCAGAAGGGUUCAGACUUUAUGCAAGACUCUGGAGCCUGUAGGAAUCUUGAACUAAACCAAGGGACUGUAGUCUACAAAAGUCAAGAUAUUUCUCAAGCAACUGACCUCCAAAAGAGCCCAGGUCCUUCUCCAGAUUCCAAAGAUAACAAGAGUACAGACAAUGUCCAAGAUUCAGCAGCCCAUAGGCACCCCGGCCUUCCCCAAGAUUCUGGACCACAGAAGAGACCAUACUUUGCCCAAGACUCAGAGGUCAGCAAGUGCUCAGAACUUACCCAGCAAUCUGAUCUCUCCAAGAACCCAGGACUUGGCCUCCAUAAGGGCUCAGGCCUCACGCAAGACUCAGGAGACUACAAGAAUCCAAGCCUUAUCCAAGAUGCUGGAGUCUGUAGGGUUCCAGGCUGUUCUCAAGAUUCUGACCACCACAAGAGUCCAGGCCUCACCCAAGACACCAAAGUUGAAAAGAAAUUUAAACCCACCCAAGACACUGGAAUUUACAGGACCCCAAAACAUAGUCAAGACUCUAACCUCCACAAGUGCUCAAGAAAUAACCAAGAUCCUGGCCCCUGUAAGGACUCAGCCCUUGCCCAAGACUCUAGCCACCCUAAGACUCCAGGUCUCUCCCGGGACUCUGGCCUCCACAGGGAUCCAUGCCUUAUCUCAGAUCCUGGCCUCCACAAGAACCCAAGCUUUGUUCCAGGUACUGAAUCUGUCCAAGUCUUGGGCCCACUCCAGAUCCCAAAGUCAACACUGUCUCCAAGGAAGAUAAUUGUAUCCGAGAAGCCUCAGAAGGACGAUGCAGAACAGCAUGUAACUUGGACUUCAAGCCCACUCAACCAGAAUUCCAGCCCUUCUAAGAUCCGAAUGAUCUCCAAUAACCUGCAGACCUUCUCAGAGGUACCCGUACUCAUUGAACUGCAGCCACCCUCCCGGCGGGCAGGCAGCCGAGACUGGGUGUACCACCCUGUAGAAACGGUUUCUCCAGACUGCCAGAACUAUCGCCAGAUGUCCAUGCCUCCCAAAAUGAACUGGAAGUGCCACUGCCCUGGACCAGGCACCCGGGUAGGGCAUGUGGUCUCUGAUGCCCGCCAGAGACAGACAGUAGUGGGCAGGGACAAGUGUGAAGCCCUGUUUCCCAGACGCCUUCGCCAAGAGGCACCCAGCAACUCAGGGAGACCAUCAAGGAGUGGGGGUAUCAGAAUGUGAUGAGGACCUUGGAAAAAGAGGGGACAAAGUUGCAUGAGGAAUAAAAAAGUGACAGAAGUGUUCUGUGGCUGUUGGAGGCCGUGCACCCUAGCCCUGUCCCUGAUGCUGGGCACUCGCAGAGCCUGAUGACGGCUGGGACUAACAUGUCCCUGCUCCUGCUCCAAAGCUGCAUAG